ACGUCUUUCCUCGUUCCCUAUUGAGAUACUACGUCACACGCGGAAGUGAUUUUGUGGAGAAUUUGUGCCAGAAAAUGCAAGUUUUCGAGUUGCCGGGGUGAGAAAAGUGAGUGUCGUCGUUAGUCCGAAUGUUCCUUCAAAGUCCGGUGAUCGCGGUGAUACGAAAAUAACGAAGGAAGUAGUCGCGCUCCGGCGAAUGGCCGAUUGAUUUUCAAGGUGAUAACCAUCAGACGCGAGCGGAUGAACGGCUUUGACGCUUCGGCCAAUCAACCGUUUAGGCAGCCCAACGCAAAGAGACGAGCAUUGGUUUACUCUCGAGAUUCUACGGCAAUUAGAUCAACGCGCAUAUUCAUUAUUGCAGCCGUAUUACUGUCAUGUUCUGAAAUCUAAACUGUGAUUUCACAGGAAGGAUUGGGAUCGUCGUGUUGAAUUGUUUUUACAUCCUCUAUAUCUUCCAAAAAUAUUCAUUAAUUCAGUGAUGUCACGAGACUAUGAUAGAAGGAGAGGAGGCAGUGGUAGCAGCUCGAGCAAACUUAGGAUGGACACUAGCGUCUCCCAGACUAGACCACAUGGUGAAAGUUCGAGCAAACGGAGGGAAUUAGAUACCGUCAUGCGAAAAGCUCGUGAGUCUCAGUCGAGCUAUUGGAAUAAAAAGCUUUUGGAAGUAGAAGAACGUGAUCCGAAUAGAUGGCGACACAGUGGAUAUAAAGAACUUUAUGUCGGAGGUACAUCAAGUGGAGAACCAAGUAGAAGUCAUCCUCGUAGUCCAAGAAGUCCUAGACCAAGAAGUCCUCACAGCCCACGACCACGUAGUCCUCGUGCUAGAAGCCCUAGAUCACCACGAGAACGUUCUCAUACAAGAGGAAGAGCUGCGAGAAGUCCUAGUACAGGGAGUACCUGCUCGGAUAGAUCAUGUUCCGUCUGUUCACCGAAGGAACGUCGUCGUAUAGCACCACCAUCUCGUUCGCGUUCAAGAUCAAUCACACCGGUACGUGCGCGUGCACAUCCUAAAGAGGUUGUGCCUUCGAGUUCGCGUGCUCUGCCACCUCGAACUAGACCAAGAUCACCACCUUUACCACGUCCGCGUACACCACCCCCAGCACCUCAACCUCCACCGAGACAUCAGAAGGAUUAUAAGGCUUUAAAAGAAAAAGAAGCCAAGGUUAGACGCAAGGAGAAACAUCAUAGCAGAUUGCCCGAGGAUCCACGUGUUCCUGAUCCUCUACCAUUGAUGCGCAAACCUGUAAAAGUAGAAAAGACACAUUCGAGCCAUGGAGCACCGCCGAUGAUGCGUCAACCACCGGACUCCUCACCUAGUGAAGAUAGCGACAGUUCUUCUACAGCAUCCCAUGUAGGGCCACCGAGAAUGACAUUAUCCGAACGAUUUGGUAAAAUGGCUCAAUGGAGCGUGGAUCGUAGAGAUAUGGAAAAUAUGCGUAUCACUAAAGAUGGAGAAAAUGCUAUGAAAGUUGUAAUAGAGGGUGAAGAAAGAAUCGCUCGAUUGGGUUACGAAUCUCCACCUCCUGGACAUUAUCCUGAAUCAUUAUUGGCUCAAGGACCAAGAGGUUUAGAAUGUUGGGACGAUGUACGAGUUCGAUACGAUUAUUACAAAGCAAGAGGAUAUUUACGAGACCUUACUUUAGAUGACUACAUCAAAUGGGAAGAAUGGUGGUAUAAAUACCAGGAAUGGUUAGAGGCAGAACGAUUUUACGAACAAUGGGCCUCUUCUAAUCGUUCUUCCGGAGGAGGCCGCAAAAGACGAGGACGACGAAAUAACGCCGCUCACUAAUAAAAGAGAAGAAGAAAAAAAAGUUAAUAAUAAUAAUAAUAAUAAUAAUAAUAAUAAUAAUAAUAAUAAUAAAAAGGAAUU